AUGGCGACAUAUCCAGAUCCAAUGGACGACCCGCCAACCGAGACCCAGCCACAGCUUCUCGCACCACACGAUUCGCCAUACACAACCAAUCUCUUCUUCGCCUUCCUAAACCUCAUCAACUCCCCAACAAUCCUGUCUGAUCCUCCAGGAAAUACAAACACCACCACCGAUCCGUCUUUCAAAUACUAUCUCCCAGAAAGCGACGACUACCUGGCAGUCGUCCCUACCCGCCCCAUCCAAUUUCGAAAAUACUACUGGUUCCCCAGUCAAGAACACGGAUAUGUAGAUUUCAAUAUGCGCCAAUUCGAGGAGAUGGGCGGGAUUAGAGUUAUGAUCCAGACGAGCUCGAGAGCUGCUGAACAGCCUGAAGUGGUGGAUGGGGUGAGCUCUAUUCGCUUAAAUAAUGAGGGGAGGAGAGGGAGUUUGUUGACGAGAGCUCCGAAGAGAAAAUACACCAUUCGUGUGGAGGUAUGGAUGACGAAACAGGCGACGUUUUGGGAACUCGACCCUUUCUCGUUGGAACCGGUCCCAGAACCAGAUUUCCCGUAUCCUAAUGAAAUCGAUUUGUGGCUUUCUUGGGUGGCAGAUCCUGCUCAGAUGACUCGGCAUGGAAACUGGGGCUUCGUGGUAGACAUGUUUAGGAAGGCGGCAGCGCUUUAUAGAGCCGAUGAAGAUAUAUAUGAGGAUAGGGUUAUCAAGCAUGAGGAACUUGGAAAUAUAGAUGUUGAGUUUGAGGUAAGGCCGACCGAGAAUAAUCACUAUGCUAGUAUUUAG